UUCCCUGCCCAAGGGACCGUUUCCUUUCGAGAAAGGAACUCAAGAAGACUAUACAACGAUUAGGGCUAGGAAAGAGAUACAACCCUCAGAACUCAUCUGUCUCAGAAUCGCGGCCACCACCACACUUUCAACAGCCACGAAAUGAAGGUAGUCCUACACGAUACGCCACUGACUCAACUGAACCACACUUUAGGCACGGAAAAUGUGGAAUAGCCGUUCUAGAACAAAGGCUGCACCAGGGGUCCUGCGAAGCCGAAAGACUGACCAUCUCAGGACCUCCAUUAAGAGUCAUGAUAUAGUCUAUUUAGACGUGAAUAUAAAACCCUACAGCGUACCUUCAUUCUCAAAACAUUCUUUCAAUUCAAACAAGUCCCGGAGACAUAGUCAUUCGUUUAUAAGUCUUUCUUUUCUACAUCUAUCAAGAUGAAGUUCUUCAUUCCCUGCAUUGCCGCUAUCUCCGCCACUGGAGUGCUGGCCGCUCCAACUCCCGAUGCCUCUCUCGAAGUUUCCCUCGAUAAGAGGGCUGAUCGCGGACAAUACACCGUCUCUGGCCUCGGAGCCCGCAAGAAGGCCAUCAUCCAAGCGGGCGGUAACUCCCUUGAUCUCGCCAUUGCCAUGCUCGAAAUUGAGGAUAUGAACACCGCCCACUACCCCUACGGAGACAGCAAGACCUACGACGCCGCCAACUUCGGUCUGUUCAAGCAGAACUGGGGCUUGCUCCGCGAGUGCGCCCACCGCUACGGCUUUAAGGGGAAGUCGGAAGCCCAAUGGAAUGAUGGAGCUGUCAUGAACUCGAACGUCUACGCCGACGUUGCCUCACGCUGGGAUUGCCAGAACUACUACGGCUACGAUAAGUGGUUCGCCGGACACCGCAACGGUGCUUCUGGUCUUGCUAACCCCAACACUGCGGAUAUCAAUACCUACAAGUCCGCCGUCCAGUGGAUCCAGCAGCAGAUUGACAGCAACGAGAAGUACAAGUACGAUGAUACUCGCUUUUGGGUCAGCGUCGUGGCUAUCUAAGUAUAUGUCUUGGUGGGAUCUGCAGGUUUCUGUGAACUGUAUUGGUUGCAAUAGUGACCUCGCUCUGUUGUAUACUUGUCUUCUCGUUGUAGCUCUUGUGCCGUUCUUUGGGGUAUUAUAG